AACAACAAUGGCCUCUCUUCUAGGCCCACCUGAACUCUACAACCCUGACCCCGUUGUAGACCAAAUUGUAGCCAAUCUCAACGGCUUGUCAUUCAAACAGGUUCUCCAAAAGAGUUUAACUGAGAAACUUGACUCAUACAAACCAAAACCAAAACAACCCCGAAUGGGAUUCACAGAGAACAACUCCCCUACAUUCCUCUCCUCUGGGAACCCUUGUCUCGACUUCUUCUUCCAUGUUGUUCCAGAUACUCCCCCUCAAACCCUCAUACAGCGCCUCCAACUUGCAUGGUCACACAACCCCCUCACCACCCUCAAACUCGUCUGCAACCUCCGUGGCGUCCGCGGCACCGGCAAGUCCAACCGUGAAGGCUUCUACGCCGCUGCACUAUGGCUCCACCGCCACCACCCCAAAACCCUAGCCUCCAACGUCCCUCUCCUCGCUGAGUUUGGCUACUUCAAAGAUCUCCCUGAGAUUCUCUACCGUCUCCUUGAAGGUUCCGAAGUCCGCAAAAUCCAGAAGGAAGAGUGGAAGCAAAGGAAGGGAGGCUCCUCCCGCAUCUGCAACAGAAGAACAAGAACAAGAAGAACAUGGAGAAGAAGAACAAGAAGAGUAUCGAGGCUUUGGUUUGCUAAGGCUGAGAAGGAGAGUGCUCAUGCUGCAAGGGAAGAGAAGAAGGUUGCCAUGGCCAAGAAGCUUCUUCAACGUUACAACACUGACCCUGAUUUCCGAUCCCUUCACGAUAGCGUCUCUGAUCACUUUGCUGAGUGCCUGAAGAAAGAUAUGGAGUUUUUGAAUUCUGGGUCAGUCACAAAAAUCAGUCUUGCUGCCAAGUGGUGCCCCUCUGUUGACUCUUCCUUUGAUCGGUCAACGCUGCUGUGUGAGAGUGUGGCGAAGAGGCUGUUCCCUCGGGAGCAGUAUGAGGGGGUGGAGGAGGCGCAUUAUGCUUAUAGGGUUCGUGAUCGGUUGAGGAAGGAGGUGUUGGUGCCAUUGAGGAAGGCGCUGGAGUUGCCUGAGGUGUAUAUUGGUGUUAAUAGAUGGGACUCGCUUCCUUACAACAGGGUUGCGUCUGUGGCUAUGAAGUUUUACAAGGAGAAGUUUCUGAAGCAUGAUAAGGAGAGGUUUGAGAAGUACUUGGAGGAUGUGAAGUCAGGGAAGACCACUAUUGCAGCUGGUGCUUUGCUUCCCCAUGAGAUUAUAGAGUCAUUGAGGGAUCGUUGUGGUGGGGAGGUGGCUGAGCUGCAGUGGAAGAGAAUGGUGGAUGACUUGCUCAAGAAAGGGAAGUUGAAGAAUUGUAUUGCUGUGUGUGAUGUGUCUAUGAGUAUGAAUGGGAUCCCCAUGGAGGUGUCUGUGGCAUUGGGGUUGUUGGUGUCUGAAUUGAGUGUGGAGCCAUGGAAGGGGAAGGUUAUUACUUUCAGUGAAAAUCCUCAGCUUCAUUUGAUUAAAGGGGAUGAUCUUUACUCCAAGACAAGGUUUGUGAGGAACAUGGACUGGGGGUAUAACACUAAUUUCCAGAAGGUGUUUGAUCUCAUAUUGGAGGUAGCUGUGAAUGGGAAUCUGAAGGAGGAUCAGAUGAUUAAGAGGAUAAUUGUAUUCAGUGAUAUGGAGUUUGAUCAAGCUUCAGCAAACUCUUGGGAGACUGAUUACCAAGUAAUCACUAGGAAUUACAAUGAGAAAGGGUAUGGUUCUGCAGUGCCUCAGAUAGUUUUUUGGAAUCUUAGAGACUCGAAGGCUACCCCAGUCCCAGCAACUCAGAAAGGAGUGGCUCUGGUAAGUGGGUUUUCAAAGAACCUGCUGACAUUGUUCUUGGACAAUGAAGGGGAUAUAAGCCCUGAAGCAGCCAUGGAAGCUGCCAUUUCUGGUCCAGAAUAUCAGAAACUAGUUGUGCUGGAUUAGUUUUAAUUUCUUUUUGUAGUGAGAGCUUUAUUGAAUGAAACAUCAAUAUUAAA